CACUCAGUUUCUUCUUGUUUUUUUUUUAUUGUAAAAUUCACUCUAUCUUCUUCGUGUUUCCCAAACACGGAGUAAAUGUAUCCCGUGCUUAUCACGCAGGCUAGUUCAAAUUUUUUGGAAAUCUGAUUCGAGAAAAAUCCCAUCCAAUAUUGUGAACUAGAAAACGGUGAUGGCGUCGAAAGCUCCAACAGCUCCAUAUCCCAGUGCUGCCAGAAUCUCUGAUUCUCAGUGUUUUCCGCAAUACACCGCUUCUCUCAAAUGUUUAGAAGAAUUUAAUUCUGAUAAGAGUAAAUGUCAAGAACAUUUUGAUGUUUACAAGAUGUGCAAGAAAAAAGAGAGGGAAGCACGAUUGGAACGAAAUAAAAACCGAUCCUUAUUCUCGUGAAAUCUUAGCCGGGAGUUUACUCAUCGUAUCAUAGUAAACAAAGUUAAGAGUUCACCAGGAUCACUGGUUCAUCUAUCAUAGCACUGAGGUUAUGAAGUUUUCUGAAGCUGUAACAAGACGACUUUCCAAUAAAUGUGUUCAAUGCUAUUCUACACUUUGUUUCUUUUUGUCUCAAUUCUUAGUUUAGGUUCCUUUUCCUUUCCUUUUUGGUGCUGCAGUUGUUCUACAGGGCCACUAGAGCAAGAUUCAUUUAAGUGUGUCUACUCAUUUGUUACAUUUAGUAAGAAAACAUAAUUAAAGUAUUGAGUACCAAUGUUAUUAAUGGUGGUUGGCAACAAGCCAACAAUGGACUAUGGCAGAAACAUGGUAGAUAUGAAAAAACUUAGGUGCAAUAUAUGGUUCCUGUGACUCAGUAACGUCUGUACUCUAGGGAAUGCUGAAUUGUCUUGAGUCUUGCAAAUUGCGAAAACAUGAUGAGAACUUUGGGCUGCUUGUGAUGUUGCUUUAGAGAACAAUGCAUCAUCUUACAUGGAGCAACAUCUAUAGGCUUGUAGAUUGACACAUCAAAUAUUUUGAUACUGAAAGCUACUAAUAAAGCAUCUACUCA